CAGCUCUCAUUGACUUCACUGAACAACAAAAGCUGAGUGAUUUCCCACACUGAAAAUCAUGACGCUACCGUUCCGAAAGGACUUAGCAAAGUACAAGGACCUGGACGAAGAUGAGCUCCUUGACAAUCUGUCGGAAAUGGAGCUGAAACAACUGGAAACAGUCCUGGAUGAUCUCGAUCCUGAGAAUGCCCUCCUGCCUGCAGGGUUCCGGCAGAAGAACCAGACGUCCAAGUCUGCCACGGGGCCAUUUGACAGAGAUCACCUCCUCUCCUUUUUGGAGAAGGAAGCAUUGGAGCAUAAGGACAGGGAAGACUAUGUGCCCUACACUGGAGAGAAAAAGGGAAAAAUAUUCAUCCCUAAACAGAAACCUGUACAGACUUUUGUAGAAGAAAAAGUAUCUCUGGAUCCAGAAUUAGAAGAAGCUUUAACAAGUGCCUCUGAUACAGAACUGUGUGACCUUGCAGCUAUUCUUGGGAUGCACAACUUGAUAACAAGUAACCAGUUCUGUAAUAUAGUGGGAAGCAGUAAUGGUGUUGACCAAGAACAUUUUUCAAAUACGGUUAAAGCUGAAAAGAUUCUUCCAGUAUUUGAUGAACCACCGAAUCCAACCAAUGUUGAAGAGAGUUUGAAGAGAAUUAAAGAAAAUGAUGUUCGUCUUGUUGAAGUUAAUUUGAAUAAUAUAAAGAAUAUCCCAAUUCCAACCCUAAAAGAUUUUGCCAAAGCUUUGGAAACCAACACACACGUGAGAUCGAUCAGUCUUGCAGCCACCCGGAGCAAUGACCCUGUCGCCGCUGCUUUUGCAGAGAUGCUAAGAGUGAACAAAACUUUGAAGAGCUUAAAUUUGGAGUCCAACUUUAUUACAGGAACUGGGAUCCUAGCACUGAUUGAUGCUUUACGAGAUAAUGAAGCCCUGUCAGAGCUUAAGAUCGACAACCAGAGACAGCAAUUGGGGACAGCUGCAGAAUUGGAAAUUGCCAAGAUGCUUGAAGAAAACACAAACAUCCUUAAAUUUGGCUACCAGUUCACACAACAGGGACCCCGAGCCAGAGCAGCGAAUGCCAUAACAAAGAACAAUGACUUAGGUAAGACACAUGCAGUGGUGUGUCAGAUCAUUAAUGAUUUGAACGAAUCAUCUUCUAAAAUAAUAAUAUUUUGUUUCCAGGUUACUUUUUAGGGGUGGGGAGUGUGAACAAACACUCUGGGGUCAGUGCUUGGGGGACUAGCCCUUUGAGACAUCUGUAUUUAAC